AUGCAAUUCAAUAUUUUUCUAUCGGCAGUUUUCACACUCUCUGGCCUUUCUUUCUGUAACGCUAUCGAUCUUGACUCCAUUUUUGACGAAGUCAGCACCAUUAAUCACGAUUUCCGGGAUAUUUUCCGUGUCGUCUCUCAACAAGUUUUUCGCAAAGAUGAUGCGCAGCCUAUGAUCGAAGUUCGCAAGUUCGUCGACAGUGCAACGGAAGCUCUCAAUGCCGCCUCUGACAAAAUUGGGUCAGAUUCCACCGUCGAUGACCCAGCAGAUGUCGUGGCUGCCUUUUGCGAUGAUAUGGACGUAUUUACAAACACCCAGAUGAAAACGGCGGACAUUCUCGUUUUCAAGGCAAACAAUAUGCGCGAUGCGGUUGACGGCACGAAAGUGGCAGACAGUGUUGUCAGGCUCAGCUCUGCAUAUGACAACUACUCCAACAAUAUGAUCCCACUUACAGAGAACUGCUCGCCAACACACGUUGAAAAUAUCUAUAUUGUUAAAUCAACUCUUCACAGAGCUCUGGCGGAUCUGAAACCCAAGAAACGACGAGCCUGA